CGCCGCUGAGCGGGAGAUUCCGCCUGGAGCCCAGCGUGUUGUGCUGUUGCAGUGGCUGGGUGUCCUGUUCGUUUGGGAACUGGCGAGAUUGAAAAAGAAAGGAAGAGUUCCUGCCAAAAAGCCAUUCCUCUGAAGUUUAAACAAAGCCCAGAGCCUCACCUCUGCAUAAAAACACAAGGACUGGGGUGCUGAACAAUGGCAGCAAGUGCUCUGGACUGAUGAGUCAAAGUUUGAAUUCUUUAGCUCAAGUGGAAGACAAUUUGUCUGUAGGAGAGCUGGAGAGUGCUACAUGGAUGAGUGUCUGCAGCCAACAGUGAAGCACAGUGGAGGUUUCCUGCAGGUUUGGGGCUGCAUUUCUGCAAGUGGAGUUAGUGAUCUGGUCAGAAUUAAUGGAAUCCUCAAUGGAGAGUACAAGCAGAUUCUCAUCCAUCACACAAUACCAGCAGGGAAAUACCUGAUUGGUCCCAACUUCAUACUGCAGCAGUACAAUGACCCCAAACACACGUACAAGGUCAUAAAGAACUAUGACCUUGUGUGAAAAGAAAAAUGAAAUUCUGCUGUAGAAUGGCCUCCACAGAGCCCUGGUCUCAACAUCGAGGCUAUCUGGGACUACCUGGAGAGACAGGUGCAAGUGAGACCACCAGAGUCUGCAGAAGAACUUUGGCAUUCACUGUAGAAUAAAGAAAUCCGAUAGACUCAAUGAAAACUACACACAGACUGACAAGCGCCUGAAGAAAACAAACUGCAAUAACAAAAGAGAAAACAAAUAAUGAAUAGUAGUGAGAACAGGAGUAGUGAGAAACUCCCUGUGAUAAUGGACAAUUUAAAAAGGCUGCAGUUUCUCAAGAAUUCAGCUUUUCAGCUGAAGGAGACAUGCCCAGCAGUAGCAAGCUUCCUCUUAUGGACACACAGUUGUAUUCCAGAUGGGAAAAUUAAGUCCAGUGGAGUGUGUAAGCACUGCUUUCAGAUCCUUCAUCCUGAAAACCAUCGAGUGCAUCUGAAACCCAAAAAAAAGAUAACGACACAGACAAGGAAGCUACUACAACAUAAGGCAGCCAAUUGGAAACUUACCCUCAAACAGCUACGGAAGCUAUGGAAAUAUGAGAAGUCCCAAAACAAAUUGUUGGUUACAUGCUAUACAUGUAAGGAAACAUCAAGAUUUAAUGGAGCAAAAAGAAGAUCUCUGGCUGUAAGGCCCCACAUCCCAAGAAGCUUAACCAAGAAUAAAAGUGACAUAAAGACACUUGAAGGAAGAAGGAUGCCCCAGUCCACUGAGAAAGCAACCAAAUAUUCCCCGCUUGUGAAUAAAUUGAGUUCAGAAAUCAAGAGUCCAGCUACAACCCCACGGACAUCUGUUUCUACACCAUCUACAUCUUCACCAUCAUUGAAAUCAGUUAAAGGAAAGAAGCUGCAAUGCUCUCGUCUUAAGAUGCUUUUGAAUUCUGAGCAGAAACAGCAGAGCACAAAGGCUUCUCUGAAAGAUUUCCUGUCUUCAGUGUAAAAUGCAAUGAUGCGAUAUUUUUAAAAUAUGGCCUAGAUUUCGGCUACACAAGAGAAAAUAUAAUUGAGGGGAGAUGGACUGAUUGUCAGUAUGUAUAAUCAUUUGGAUGUACAGCCUUAGUUUUGUGCCAAUUGAGUUUUGUAGUAUUGUCAUAAAAUAGAUUUUGCUGUUUACAGAUGAACUUCUGGAAACAUUACAAGAGCAAGCAUGUUGGAGCUCUGUGCUACAGUGCAAAUGUGGAACUGCAGAUUACCCAAAAGCAUGUGUGCAGUCUGGUGUACGAUAAGCUGAUCUGCCAUCUGGUUAUUUCAGAAACAUACUGCUGUUUGCAGGAUGAUGCAAACACUUGUAGAUAUUGAAGUUCCAGAUAAAUGGUUACAGUAACAAAUAUAUAUUUAACCAAAUACUGCUUUCAGUUUUGUCUCUGCUUAAGUCUUAAAGGAUGAGUUUUACUUUCUUAAUAUUUUAAUCUUAUGCAUGAUUCUAUAGUGUUUUUCAUCUCUCCCUGAAACCAUUCUUUAAGCAGAGGCUGCAGGUGGGAAAGAUCAGACAAGAUGCAUGAGUGUCUGGUCAGCUGGGAGAUAAAUAUGAGCAAGGAGAAGAGAGAAGUAAGAAGGUCAGGAGAGGUGGACUAGGAAAAGGGUUUUAAUUGUGCUGAAAGAAAAUAUUAUUCAUAUUUGCCAGUUGGGUUGCUUGAAGGGUGAUGAUAUACUUACAGAUUAUGUAUAAAAUACUCUCAAUUCCUUGUGAUUAAAAUGUAGAUUUGAAGAAGCACAACUGCAGUUUGAUGAUGCUUCAUAUGAGAACACAAUGUAAGGCCACUGGGCCUUUUGUCUGCCCAGUAAUUCAAUAUGAUUAUGGCUGAUCUCUGCUGGCCUCAGCUCCUUUAUCUUUCUGUCUCCACCUUAAAUAUAUCUAAUGAUCUGACCUUCAUUUCCCUCUAAGGCAGAAAAUUCCUCUGUUCCUUCGUGACCUCCCGUGACUGAAAACAUCUAUCCUGUCAAUACGUAUUAACAGCUUGAGAUUAGAUUUAUUUAUUACACGUAUAUCAAAGCACAGUGAAAUGCAUCAUUUUUAACAACCAGCCCACAAAUGUUGCCACACAUUCUGGCACCACCAUCGCAAGCCCACAAAGUUACUCAGAAACACACGAGCAGCUUAAAGCACCCACCCACCCUCUCACACCUUCAGAAAGGCCUCAAACCCAUUGGGCAAGAUGCCUCUAGCCCUUCCUCCAACUUUAACUCUACCCAGCACACCAAUCACAAGUUGCAUGGACCUCCUUUCCUGAUGAACUGUGCCCUCGUGACUAUUCUGGGCCUCUACCUUUAAGCUUUGCCUCCAGACUUUGCUGAUUUGAUCUUCAAGCCUUGACUUCCAGUCUUCCCCAAACCUCCAACCCUAGUGCCCACUAGCCCUUGUGAUUCCCACCCAUACCUGGGACCUGCUGCCUUUACAGACUUCCUGCCUGGGUCCAGUUUCUGACCAGGUGAACUAUCUUCUCAGAGUCUGCAUCACAUCUUCUGGGAUCACUGAAAUUCAACAUCGGAGCACUUUGACCUGGAUUUUAAUUCCUGCCCAAAUUUGCUACCCUUGACCACUAACUUCCUCUCAUUCCUGUUUCUAAACCCUAACCUGACCCUAUGUCUUAAAUGUCACUGCUUAUUCUUGUAUAUUCCAAGGAGUAUAGACCCAAACUGUCUAGCCUUUCUUGACAAACCAGCCCUUUCAUCCCAGGAACUAGCCAGGUAGGUCUCCUUUGAACUGCCUCCAGUGCUAUGAUAUCCUCUUUUGUUAAGGGGACCAAAAUAGUGCACAGUUUUCCAGGUAUGGUCUCAUCAUGACCCAGUACAACUGUAACAAAUCCCUGUUUGUAAACUUCAAACCCUUCAUGAUUUAAGAAACAACAUGCCAUUUGCCUUAAUUAUUUGUUGGACAUGUCUGAUAACUUUUUGAUUUGUGCACUUAAACCCUCUGAACUUCACACAUCUGCAAUCUCUUUUCAUUUGGGUAAUCCACCUCUUGAUUCUUUUUCCCCAAGUACUUAGGCUUUCAUUAGACUUCGUUUGCCAGGUUUUCAACAGCUAACUCAAUCUACCCUGCAGACGUUAUUGUCUUCCUAAUGACAUGCCUUCCUCUUAUGUUUGUAUCAUCAUCAUCAGAUGUGGAAACAUAACAUUUUGUUCCAUUCUCCAAGUCACUAUUGUAACUAGCAAAUAGUUGAUUUCCAAAAGCUGAUCCCCGGAGCAGGGUACCAGUGAUAUCCUUCCAGCCUCAAAAAGAUCUGCUGGUGAUCACUCCUCUCCUCUCUUCCCCCCCCCUCCACAGGUCCCCCCUCCCCACACAGGCCACCCCCCCUCCCCCAGGCCCUCCCUCCUCUGUGCGCACCUCCCCUCCAGGCCCUCUCACACCCCCAGGCUCCCUGCUCUCCGUGAACACCUCCCCACCCUCUCUGCACAGGCCGCCCCUCUCCAUGCACACACUCAGCACUCCCCCCCCCCCCCCCCCCCAUCCUCGUGCUCUCUUUUCCCUAAGUGUUCUGUGCCAUGCAGUCCUGGAAAUCAACUGGAUGAGUUGAAGAUGAUGCAAAUUGCGGCCUUCAUUCCCAUUGGUACCAUAUAAAGUGAAAAUUAUUACCAUAUAAGUAAAAAAAAAUCAUUUCAAUAGCAAAUGCCAUUCUUUUUCCCUUCCUCCAAAUUGUGUACUCCUGUUGUUGAAAAUGGCCAUGAUUAAAAGAAUCAUAAGUGAAAGACUGAAGUAGAAAUUAAACUGAAAGCAAGUGAGUAGCCUGUCAUGUGAACCUGAGAAUCAGUCUGGUACAGUUUCCUUAGACAGUGUUCUCCUGAGCAAAGGGGAAAGAACCCAUCUGCAGAAACAGAUUAUCAGCAGAACGUAUUGUGAUAGAGCGAUGAUCACAUUGUAAGAAGUGACAGUCUGGUGCUGCUCGGUUUGGAACUGACUAUAUGUUUUGAGAAAUAAAAUAUUUCUCUAGGUUGUGGCACGACAUAAGAAAAGGCAAUUUGCAUCGUUUAUCCUUCACUACCCAUCUGAGCAGUCUUGUUUUGUGAUUAACAUUGGUAUAACAAAUCUACCACAACUCCCACCUCCUUUGUGAUUCUACUGGGCAGGCCUGUUUUUCACUCUAGCCCAGUUAUCAGUGACAGGGAUGUGGAAAAUCUCUUUCUAUAAUUAUUAGAUAUGUUUAAUAGGCUUUGACAAAGUCCCUUGUUCAUUUCUUGUAAAACAAAAAGUAAAAGCUUGAUUUUUUUCUGGACUUCAUCUUCAGUUUUUGUGGAAGGAGAGCUGAGUUACUGAACUCAGCUUACUGAACUUAAAGAAUGGACUACUUUGGUUGUUUUCGGCUUUCCCAAAAUGAUUAUGACAUUACUAUUUGCAGAUAAUGUUGUCUUGUUGGUGAAUUACCUGAGAAAUGAUGAAAUUUACCCAUUUUCUUGGUCAAAGAAUUAAGCAACAAAAUAUUUAAAAAGGGUCUGCAUGCAUGAAAAGGGUGUUUAUGAUGUAUUAAAUGCUAAAAUUGUUAAUGUAAUUUCAGUGAGCUUUUUAAAAACAAAGGCCUGCUCAACUGUAAAAUUAAACUCCUAUCUGAUUGUUGCCAUAAAUGUAACAUUUUAAUAUGCUUUUUGUAUAUAUCAAUAUUUCAAACUAAAUUUGCAAAUCAUUCCAAACUGAAUGAAAUAAUGAGCCAAGCAAAACCCCCAUGUUGUACCAGAACACAUAUUAGAUGUAACCCAAUAUAUGCAGGCUGGUCCCUUCAAGUUAAGUGGCCUUUCUCCGAAAGGGAGAUGGUCAUCAUAAAUUAACACUGCUAACUUCCAGUUAACCAUACACUUACUUAUUUAUUCAUUAAUUCAUUCAUCAACAAGACAUUGGUUCACUUAAGAAAGACGGGAAAUAUCUGGGCAGCCUUAAUAUUUCAGGGUUUUUAUAUCCCUGCCAUGUACAGCCUAUUCUUUUAAUAUAUACAUCAAAUCCUGGUUCAUCAAAGACUCAAUUCAAAGGUUACUGGAAGUAAUGCUAAAACUUCAGAAUUCUUGAUACUUGAAUCUUUCUAAAUAAAGUAUUUCAGAUAUUAUACCACUAGCUCCUUCCUGUGAAUUUCUGCAUCUAUGUAAUUUAUUUAUUUAAAAUAGAUUUAGCUGUUCAUCAGAAUUGAAAUAUUUAUAACUUGUAAAUGAAAGUGGAGAACACUAGUAGAACAAAUAUGAUAGUAAGAGUCCUGUCAUCUUUCUUACUUCAUGAUUGUUUGUUAUGACACUAAUUGGGGUUACUAUCACAAUCAGCAUCACAGAAUGGAAGGAGGCCUUGUGACCCAUUGACUCCACAUUGGUUGUUUGUAAGAACAAUCCAGGUAAAAAGAAUUAAUGAUCAGACUAACUCAUAUAGCAGCGCAGAAGAGACUCUGGAGAGUCGAUUUAAACCAAACACAACUGAAGUGAAACAAGUUCAGGUGUAGCUCCAAUAUUAUGAUUUGAUAGAAGUUAGUAAUGAGAAAGAUAUCAUACUGAUGUACUUUCUGGAAGUACUGUGGAGAAUGUUAAUCAUCUGUAUUUUCUCAGGAUGGUCUAUGGAACAUAUCCACAAGUUUGAAACAGUGGGGGAUCUGAAGUAGCUUGAAAGUAGGACUUUAGAAGCUGAGUGUAGAGGGGCGACAAUGUUUGGAUGUAGUGAAACGUCUAUUAUACUGAGGAGAAAACUGGAUACAUGGAGGUGCUGAGGAUUCACUGGAGUAGCUCAGGGUAAUACAGGGAUCUGAUGAUUUUUUUUGAGAUAGUCUUAAGAUUCUAUUGAAAUCCAUGGGGGAGAAAUAAGUGUAAUGUGUGAAGAUGCCCAAGAGAGUCCAGUUUUAUUGAGAAACUUUCGAUGUGCUGGGCAUGGUCUGGUCAAACUGAACAAAUGAAGUGCAGUGUAGAGUUUAGAGACUGGGAACAUGAGGGAAGGCCAGCUUGCAGUGCGGAGGGCCACUCAGUAUCAUGAGGAUCUGGGAAUACUGAGAUACAGGCAAAGUUCUGACAAUAUAAUAGAGAACUUGGAUAAUAAGGGUAGAAUGCAUGUAGAGCACAGGACCAGUUAUCAGAGGGUCUGCAGGAUCUGGUGUAUGUGAUCAUUGAUUAUACUGAAGAGGAUCUGGAGGGGCUAGCAAACACCCUAGUGCCACUGGGGAGGUAAAGUGCCAUUUAAGGGAUUCUAUAAACAGUGAGGGUGGUCUGGCAAACAUGAAAACUGGGGGUGCUGUUAAGGAACUAGAACAUCUAGAGAGUUUGUACAUGUGAUACGGAGGCACUGGGCUACGUCUGGAGGCAUCACAGAGGUCCAGCCAUUAUUGAGACUCCACUGAAGGCAUGUUAAAGAAGCAGACUGACCUGGGAGGAUCUGGAGAUCAGGGAAAGGUCUGAAGACUAGCAAGAAUCUGACAAUAUUAUCUGGGAAGAUGGAGGAACUUAAAUUGGUGACUUCUCAGUGUCAUGGCAAAGGCUCUAUCACUAAAUAUCAGAAGACAAUUUUUCUUAUAUAGCCUCCAUUUCAAAGGAUAGGGGGCCAGGACUAAUCAGAAACUCAAAAAGCCAAUGUAAAAAGUGCAGAUUGUCUCAUGUACUGUCAUUCUAAUCCCGACCUCUGUUGAGAAACACUAUGACCACUUCGCACCGCAAUGGAUUUUUGUUUUUCUUGUAUUUAUUUGUAUAAUUUAUAUAUUUUU